AUGGGGGCCGUCUCGGAGGAAGACUUGCGAUAUGGCAACUUGGUAGUCGGGGUACUGGGUGCGACGUUGAUGCUGGUGGGCCUGUUUGCCACCUUGUAUCAUCGACAAAUCCAGCGCUGGCGCGAUGGCCGCUUUCGGCUCGAUGACACCCACCCGCUACACAUGCUGGCCAUCAAGACCUUUUGCGAUGGAGCCGUCACCAUCAAUCGCCUGGCCGCGGCCAUUGCCAGCUACCACGGUAGCUUGCACGCCUUUUGCCCAGCCUACGUCAUUGUUGAGGACUUUGUCACCAAUGCCUCCUUCACCUGGCUGCUCUUGCUGGCGCUCGACCUCUAUGUGACGCUGCGCAAUCCCUUCACGUCACCUGGCCGGGCGUAUCCCUUUUAUCACCUUCUGGCUUGGGGCGUGGCAGCAGGAGCCGUCGGGCUCCUCACGGUGGCGGUGGGCGAUGCUCGCCUGAUUGACGUCGAUGCCUCCGUCUCCUCCCUGUGUCACUAUUACGCCGAGCACCGCAGCGACGAGCCUGUCCACGGGCCCAACGCAACCACGACAAGGACACCGCCGCUGUUCUCCGAGUCGCAUCACGGCAUGGCCAAUCAGCCCCUCGUCACACAGAUCUUUCGAGCCGCUCCCAUCAUGUUUCUCAUUAGCUUGAUGGGCUCAUUGAUAGUGCUGGUCAAAGUGACGCUGCUCUUUCACAACAACCCACCCCGUCAUCGCGAUGCUCGUGUUCGAACCUUGCGCGCCGGUGUGCACUACGUCUUUGCCUACGGCCUGCACGGCCUCGGUCUCACGGCCGUGCUCGUCAUUGCUCUCCACCAACACAUCGCCAACGGCCAUCACAGCAUGAUCCUCGUGGCCAGUGAACUCGGCCUCUGGACCCUGCUUCUCUUUAUCGACAUCGCCUUGAUUCUGCGCACCAUCAUGCCCGAUCGGUACCUCCGCAACGAUGAGAAGACCCCGCUGCUCAGCUCCGUGCACGUCAUCAACGGCGAAGAGAUUAGCUUUCUUCACUCGGUGCACCACUCCCUUCGUGAUGAUACCGUCUUUUGCUGCAUCUAUGGCAUGGUGGCCUCGCUCGACGCCACGGCCUCGGAGCUGCCUGCCCCCGUAACCCGGCGCCUUGUCAGCCUCCCUUCGGCCCACGGGCGGCAAUUUGAGUUUAUCGACUACGAGGCGCAUCUUUUUGCCGCCCUCCGCGAGCUACAUCCUCUUUCCUCGGAUGAAUACCGGCAGUCGCUCUGGGGUGACGAGCGCGAUCGUGACGUUCCGCCCAUGGUGCAGUUUGUCAGCCGGGGCGGUCAGUCUGGAGCCUUUUUCUUCAAGUCCUACGACAGCAGGCUCAUCGUCAAGACGGUCUCGAUUGAAGAGCGCGAUGGCCUUGUCAAACUUCUGCCAGCUUAUCAUGCCCACCUGGCCGAUAAUCCGACAAGCCUGCUGACUCGAUACUGUGGCUUGUACGGCAUUCGCAUAUCCCGUGAGCAGCGUGUCAUCUACUUUGUAGUGCAGCUCAACGUGGAACAUCCAUCACACUUGGCUGCUGCGACGCAUUUUGCAUUUGACCUCAAGGGCAGCACUCACAAUCGCAGCGUCGCGCCUGCCGGCCGUUUGCCCUGUCCCUCUGAUCGCACUCACGUGGGGCAAAAGUUUCGAGACAACGAUUUGGGCCUGCCCUUGGAGCUCAGCAUUGAGGCCUACACACACCUCUCCGUGAACCUGGCCUUGGACGCGGCUUUUCUCCAUACUCACUCCUUGAUUGACUACAGUCUACUAGUGGCAGUGCAUGUGUGUCGUCCCGAUUGCCUGCACAGCCAUCCCAUGGCAGCAGGCGCUGCUGCCUUACGCCUUCGCUAUGGCCAGCCUGCCGUCUGGGACUGCCACCAGGUCAUUCUCAAUGUUGGAAUCAUUGAUCUCCUCCAACCGUAUUCUAGAGCCAAACGGCUGGAGCGGUGGUUCAAGACAAAAAUCCUGCGUGUUGAUCCCCAGGGCCUGAGCGUCUCUCCCCCCGAUGCCUACGCCGAUCGUUUCAUAUUCAGAAUUUUGCGGCAUCAUUUCAGGGUUUUGUGGCCCAAGGCCUCAACACCGGCAGCUCAAAACAGAGUAGCGCGCCCCAUGAGUCCCCUCACUCACCUCAGCCAAUCUAGCGAGGACCUUCUUCUCGCCGGCGAGCUGUAGAUAGCGUUUUUCCACGGUUGUCUUGGUCACCAAGCCUCUCUGCUUUGCGACCUCAGGCGCCGCGAAGUUUGUUUAAUCGUUUAGUGGCUCUCCGAGCCUUCGUUAGCCGAGUACAAGUACAUUCAGAAUUCACAACGAAUGUGUACACGUAAAUUCGAUAAAAUCAACUUU